ACGGUAGAAUGACCGGUUCAAGAUGGCGGCCGCAUUUCUCGUGUCCCAGCAGGAAAUGCGGCGUCUACUCUUUACAAUGUCUAUGCUAAUGACAACCUCAUCUUUAUCACCCGGAACCACAAUUAUUAAGGAUCAUUUGCAUUGCGCUACCAACAUGGCGGUGAACCUCACAGACCUCUCCCUGCCUCAGUUAGAGGGACUGAAAACACAGCUAGAUCAGGAGAUUGAGUUCUUGACGUCUUCAAUAGGUCAGCUCAAAGUUGUCCAGACCAAGUAUGUUGAAGCAAAAGAUAGUUUGAACGUCUUGAACCAAAACAAUAAAGGAAAGGAACUGCUUGUGCCACUUACCAGCUCAAUGUACGUACCUGGAUCAUUAAAUGACGUGGAAAAUGUUUUAGUGGAUGUGGGCACGGGAUACUAUGUUGAAAAGCAUGUGGAAGACUCAAAGGCAUUCUUCAAACGCAAAAUAGACUUCCUCACCAAGCAGAUAGAGAAAAUUCAGCCAGCUCUUCAGGAAAAACAUGCCAUGAAACAAGCUGUGAUUGAAGUAAUGAACAUGAAGAUCCAACAACUACAACAGAGUCAGACAUCACAGACGGCUGGGACCACCAAGGCUUAAUGAGAACAUCUGUCUGAACCUCAUGAGCGGGGAGGACUUCUCAAGUUUGUGAGGGGAAAAAAAAGUUAAGACAGUUAAGAAUUUGCUCUCCACUAAUAAUAAAAUCUUUUUGAGCACUAGUAUUGACAGCAAUCAUGUGUAUUUGGUCAUUUUCAAAUUAAUUCGGUGUUCAAUAAGUUUGUGUGAUUAAAGAACAUUUAAGUUUU